AUGUCUAUAACCUGGGUUGACGGCGAUGAGAAUAACAACCAAGCGAUGCGGAGCGUGGGCUUCUAUGAACACGCAGAAGCACCACGUGUAUUUCCAUCCUUGGAAAUAUACACGACCCAAGAAGUAGAUACACGCUGCAUGAUCUGCGGCGUGAGCUUUCAUAUCAGCCGUCACCGAACAAAUGGAGAACAUCCCUCCGCAGCAUGGAGCAGCCAUGCAGGAGAUGACAUCGGAGCAUAUCCCGGAAGCCAAAACUGCGUCCAACCGGACUGCACUUCCAUCCCAAGAAGUGGCCCAGGACCAGGGACGAGUUUUCUCUCCCCUAGAAAUCUCGACUCUAGCCGCUCUGAGCAUAUUUCAGGGCCGAACUGCAGAUCGACCAUUGCAUACCACGGGAGCCGCAUCUCAGUCGAGGCGAUGAGGGAGUGCAACACCUAUCAAUGUCUCCUACUCCGCGACGAGUCAUGGGAGCCAGAGGAUAGCGAACUUGAAGAUUUUGAGAGCCAAAGCAGCCAUGUACUCAGCGGUCUGGCGGAUGCUGUGAAGUCUAAUCGCAGAGGAUACUAUGCACCGCAGUUUUUCCCAGAGCGAAACAAGGUCCGCUACCCAGUGAUGACCUUUCUCAGUGAUGGGGUUCCGGCGAUGCCAUUCCAUCCGACAUGCUUUGAGGUUUUCAAGCGAGCGUCGAUAUAUCGAUAUGGCUUUGUGAAUGUAAAGGCUCUAGUGAGUUGGGCACAGGAAAGAGCGGCGCCGUCGAUGCGGCUACCAGAACAUGCUGCUGUGAAGAGAGCAAAGCAGAUGCAAUGGAUGCAUCACGCCGGGGACGAAUUUCUGGCUGCGAAUCCGUGCUUCAUCCCCGGGUUGCAGGACAUUAUCGAUUCCGUACAGAAUAUCUACAGUCCCGAUGAUAUUUGCUCAGAUGCGGCACCGCCAGCCCUGAGCUCUACAGACAUGUUCUCCAAGUUUCCGCAGGAGAUCAAGCUCGAGAUCCUACUGCAGCUAGAUUCCUGGGACAUCGCCAACCUGCGCCUUUCAUCACGAGCAUUCCGGCAUCUCCCUCAAUCGCUCUUCUACCAGCUUACCCUCCGCGAACUCCCCUGGCUCUACGAAGCAUGGACGUCCCUGCCGCUCUCAUUCUUCGUCACGACAACAGCAGUUGAACAGCGAAGAAUCGGACAGAGACUGGGUGAAAUUAAUCAGGAAAUCUCAGCUCGUCGUAGUGACGAUGAUGGAUCGGAAGAGAAUGCAGUAGAGAUUAAAAGGUUGGUUACUUGGGCGGCUAAGCUUGAAGAGAGGCGAAAGCAGAGUUACAAGACUACGCCGGUUAGGUUGUUGGACCGCAGGAGCACUAAUUGGACGCAAUUGCGGGGGGAGUUGGCCCGACGGUGGGGAGAACUGCCGGGGCUGAGGAACAGAAGGAGGAUUUGGAACAGUUGCCAGGAAAUUAUGGACCGUGCAGAAACGAUUCCUACAGAGGAACGAGACGAUGACCAGGGUCUCGGUCAGUGGAUUGCUUAUUGA